UGGGCCUGGACCUCUCGCUGUGUCAAAAUAAGAUGUAACCCUCGUAUGUUGUAUGUGUCGUGUCGUCUUCCUUCCCCCUUCGAAUUCCUCUCAACUCGCUCGCUCUGCAAUGGCCUCCUUCGACGAAGAAACCGCCAACAAGUUGAUAACCCAGGUGGAGUUCUACUUCAGUGAUAGUAAUCUACCAACAGACGGUUUCCUCAGAAAGGAAGUAGCCAAGAGCAAAGAUGGUCUGGUUAGCCUGCCUCUUGUUUGUUCCUUCUCUCGUAUGAGGAACCUCCUCGGCCUCGGUAACACCAAACGCGAAGACAUCCCUACGAGUCUCGUGGAGGAAGUAGCUAAUCUCUUGCGUGCUUCUGAUUUUCUUAAAGUUUCCGACAAUGGACAAAGGAUCGGUAGAGGAACAAAACUUUCAAAGCCGGACAAGGUGCUUGAACAAGUCCACAGAAGAACCAUUGCAGCGUCGCCUUUUGAAUAUUGCAUAAAGAUGGAGGAUGUCGCAUCUUUCUUCUCACAGUAUGCCAAGGUAAACAGUGUGAGACUACCUCACCACAUCGGAGAUAAGCAAUACUUUUGUGGCACUGCUUUGGUUGAAUUAUCGUCUGAGCAAGAAGCUGAAGAUGUUUUGAGGCAGAGCUUGGUCUAUUCCGGCGCUGAACUAGUCUUACUACCAAAGAGUGAUUUUGACCGUCAAAGAGAAAAUUUGGUCAACGAACUCGGAAAAACAGGGUCAAGUCUUUCAGAUUCCUCCCACAACGAGUUCCACAGAGGUCAGAUUGUCAAGUUUACACUGAGAAUAAUAGCCAAUGCAGAAAAAGUAAUAAAGAAGGAAAAUCCCAAGAAUCUGGAAAAUGAAAUCACAGGGAAGGCAGACAGUGCUGAGAAAGUGGAAAAAGGAGAUUUGGUGGCAGAUAAAGAAAAUGACAGCACUGAUCAACUUGUUGUUGUUCCUCCGUGGGAAAACAGUGAUGCUGAGGUUCUUCUCAAGGAUGUUUUCGGAAGAUUUGGCAGCGUUAAGCACAUAGAGUUCUCUAGUGGAUCGGAUUGGGGUUACGUUUGUUUUAUAGAUUCAGAAACAGCUAUGAAAGCCCGUGCUGCGGUGGAGCUUGUUGGAGGUUUAGUUGUGAAGAAUAAAUUCUCAAUUGCCUUAGAAGCAGUGAAUGGGGAGAUAGAGGGAGAGGUGUGGAAAAGACUAUCAUCAGGCAGAGGGGAAGAAGAAGAUGACAAGAUGGAGAAAAGCAAAGGCAAGUGCUCUGAAGCCACUCAACCGCACAAGAAGGCUCGAAAGGAGCGAUAGUUAAAAUUUAUGUCCUACACUUAUGCCUGUAUGCACCAAAUGACAUAAUAUAUUUUUUUCUGAAGUUUCUAGCUGAUUCUCUAGACAAAACAGAUAUUGAUUCACUUGACGACAUUAACUA